GGCGGCACGGCGGCAGCAUGGCGGCCAGGAGCGAGCGGCUGGGAGCGCCGCCGCCUCCCCCGCUUCCCCCCGCCGCCCCCGAGCCGGAGCCCGCCGGGACGCUGCCCAAAUAGCCGCCCCGCACGGCCCCGCCCCGCAAGGAGAGCGCCCGGCCAUGGAGCUCGCCAAGCCGGCCUUCCCCGCGCUGCCGCAGGCCAAGGAGGAUUCGGAGGAUUGGACCUAUCCCAUGAGGAGAGAGAUGCAGGAAAUUUUACCUGGGUUAUUUUUAGGCCCAUACUCUUCAGCUAUGAAAAGCAAGCUACCUAUACUUCAGAAGCAUGGAAUAACCCAUGUAAUAUGCAUACGGCAAAACAUCGAAGCCAAUUUUAUUAAACCAAACUUCCAGCAGCUAUUUAGGUAUUUAGUCCUGGAUAUUGCAGAUAAUCCAGUUGAGAAUAUAAUACGAUUUUUCCCUAUGACUAAAGAAUUUAUUGAUGGAAGUUUACAAAGUGGAGGAAAAGUUCUUGUCCAUGGAAACGCAGGGAUUUCUAGAAGUGCUGCCUUAGUUAUUGCAUACAUAAUGGAAACGUUUGGCGUCAAGUACAGGGAUGCGUUUACUUACGUUCAAGAAAGAAGGUUCUGUAUUAAUCCUAAUGCUGGAUUUGUCCAUCAACUUCAGGAAUACGAAGCCAUCUAUCUAGCAAAACUGACCAUCCAGAUGAUGUCACCGCUGCAGCUGGAGAGAUCGCUCUCUGUUCCGCCUGGCACUACAGGAAGUCUAAAGCGGAUGCAUGAAGAGGACGAAGAGCUUGGAACCAUGCAAGUGGCAGCAGCACAGAAUGGAUGAGGACAGCACUGUUUGCAUUGUGAGCUCCUGCUGAGAAAGGUGAAGAAAGCUAAGGGGAAAAAAGAGAACUAAUGCAAAACGAUGAACACACAGAGCUUCUUUUCAAUUACAUGUUGCUUUCAGAUGUAAAUCUGCCUCUGCAACACACUAAGCAUCAUUUUUAAGAUGUUGGACUUCUUGAAUGAAUAGAUGGCACUGAUUGUUUUACUCCUUUUUUACACUUUACAGUUUUAUUCUAAACCAAGAUUUUUGGACUUGCAAAGAGGUAUUAUUGCAAUAAUGCACUUUUCAUACUUGAAAUUUCUUUAUUUGUAUGAUAUAAAGUUAUUACUUUAAACAAAAUGCAAGCUGGGGGGGGGUUGUUUAUAAAGUUAUUUGUGUAAUUUAUAACAAGAGACUUUAGUAAAGAAAAAGUUUGCUAAAAUUCA